CAAGUGUACCGGUCCGUUACAGUGUUCUGUAUCCAUGUUAGUAGCGAUGAAUGGACCAAAGGGCGCCGAAAUUCGUCUGCCCGUGAUGUUUUGAUGUUUGUUGUGGGAAUACUUGAUGUAACGGCGAAGCUGCUCUUCCAACCGUAUCUGCAGCGCCGUUUCUCUACAUGUAGCGCUUCAGAUGGUGGUUCCACGCCCUAUGUGUGAAAAAGAACCAGUUUUACUCAGCUAAAACCCACAGAAAGGCUCAACUAUGGAGACCCCCUGGAGUGAGGUGAACCUACUACUGAAGGAGCACGGUCUCCCAGUCAUUGUUCCUGUACAGCCUGGGCAUGGGGCACUGUCUGCAGAUGUGACAGUGCUUGACAGAGCCACAGCCCAGUCACUACGGGACAGCCUCAAGAGCCUGAUACAGGACUGUGACCGACGUCAGGUCCUCAUCCAGGACCUCAUCCUCACCAACAACCAGCUCAAAGAGAAGACUGGAAGGACAUCCACAGCAGCAGCAGAGCCAUCACAACAACUUCAGCAGCUACAACAACAGCUCAUGGAGUCACAGGCUAUGGCUAAGACUUUAGACAGAAAGAAGACGGAGAAGGAACGUCAGCACAGAAGUGAAGUCCAGCUCCUACAGGACAAUCAGGAGACAUUAGUCCAGAGGUGCCGGGAGCUGGAGACUACAGUACAGGAGCAACGCCAGCGCAUUCACAGGAUGAAGGCCAAGAUCAAACUAGCAGUACAGGAGGAGGAAAAAAGACUACAGACCCGGGCAGAUGAAAUUGAGGAUCCUCAGCAGCAAGCUACCAGCACACGUGGUGUUGGGGGAGAAAAAGAAGAGGAUGUGACAGCAGAUAUCUUGAGACCUGCUGACAACCCCGACUUUGACGCCACUGUUAACUACAAGGCUCUACUCAAGUCUUAUGAGGCACAGCUGGAAGAGAAACAGAAGCAGGUGGAGCAGGUGACAGCUGAGAACAGGCUGCUUCAGGUGCAGAUCAACCAGCUGCAGGAGGAACUAAACACCAGACCACAGCAGAAAGAGCUACAGUAUGUACAGCACAGACUGACCAAGGCAGAGAAACUUCUGGCUCAAAACAACCUCAGCUUGUCCAACAGAAGAAGGAGACACAAAAAGGAAGACUCCCAAAGUCUCAGUACAGACGUGUCUGACAUUCCUCACCUGCCUAUAGAUGUCUGCAGACAAUGGCUGGAGGCGUUUGCCAGUCGACUGAAAGUAGACGACCUUCAGGAGGGUUUGAGGCACAUCCGUGCCCUUGAGAAUACAGCAGACAGAGUGAGUGGGCUGGAGAAGUUUGCAGAUGAGGUGAAGUCUAUAGUAGAAGACAAGCGAGCUCCUGUACUGGAGAUGAGACAGACAGGACACAGCCAUGCUGCCUGGUGUGAGAAAUCCUACAGAAAUGUUCUACCUAAACUCAAGAUCUGGCUACACAAUCUGGCUGGGAUGAAGCAUCUCCAAGCUUCUGUGACCCAGUUGGCUGGACAGGUGGUUCCUUGGGACACGUCCUUCCAGACAGUACCUGAGGGAGAGGCAUGCCCCAGCACAGCUGACAUUGCAAGGAACAUAAACGAGAUGACCAAAAAAGUCAGACAAGCACCACACAUCAAGGGGACGGAGGAGGCUCCCAGUGCUGCGGUGCUCCAGACGAUGGUGGGACACUUCCAGAAGCUGUUUGAUGUGCCAAAGCUGAGCGGGGUUUACGUCAGGAUGAACCAAGUAUACAGCAGGCUGGGGGAGAUGCAGAACAUGAUGAACUCUGUCAGGGAGGCCCUGAAACUUGACAAAAGCGCCAGUUGCCAGACAGUUGUAGACAGAGUUGUAGACCUGUGUGAGGCCCACAGCAGCACCACAGCCCAGCAGUUGUACAGUCUGCUCCACACUAGCAGUCUGGACAGUGUUUUAGACCGGCUGCAACAGUAUGAUAAAUUCUUCCCAGCAUUCAACCACCUUGUACAACAGCUGCAAGGUAUCCUUGAGAUUGACAACAUGGAGCACAUAGUGCCAGCUGUGAGGGCCCUAAAACUACUGUCAUGAAGCCCAGCAUUACCAAUCAUAGCAGAAGUGUUACUGUUACCAAGCAUGGUACAAACCAGAUACAGUUACUAUAGGAAAACCCAACAAUUCAGAAUGAAUAUCAUGGCAGCUACAAGAAAAUGUGUCUUCUCUUACAAAUAAAGUGUCAACACCAGCAGAGUGUAUUAGCAUGCUGGAAUUUUUAUUUAUUACACGUGGUAGAAUGUGACCGACAAAAUUACUGGUUUCUGUAUAUUUUUACCUAUUAUUUAAGUUUUUGUCUGCAAAUGACAUCAUAUGAAUUUGCAUUUCUUAUAUGUAUCCUAUAUAUCAUUUUACCAGCUAUGAAAUAGCUUUAUGCCUUAAAGUUUGUGGCUCCAGGUUCCUGCUUAGUGCAGAAGGAAAAAAGUGAAUGUUUUGACAUGAUUUUUACAGUGCCAGUUCUACCCAGUAGCAACAAAAUGAGAUUACAAUGGUUAAGUAACUGUUAAUUUUUCCACAUUGAUAUACAAUGCCCAAUAGUGCUAUAUACAUUCCUUAUAGUUUCGCCAAUGUCUAACAGAAAGUUGAAUCUUGCACUGAUAUCCAAUAAGAAUUAUGUACCUUCAAAAGUAUACCAUAUAAGUUUAUUCAGCAUCCAGGAAUAUGGUUGCAACCAAAUUCAGUAUUUGUAGGACAGUACAUUCAUGUCUCUUCAUUUUCCUGUUGCAUGUUUAAUAUCAAGGGACUUUUUUCAUUCGUGUAGGUCUAAGAUGUUGUUGCUAAAAUGCUGUUUGUUUGUUCACGCCUCAUAACUGGUAUUGACAAAACUGUAUAUAUAUAAAUGUGUCUAGCUUUUUGUUAGAUGUUAUAUUGUGCUAUGUUGGAAUGGACAAAUGCAAAAUAUAUCAAACCUUGUUCUGUUGGUUAUUAUCUCCAUGAAAA